GGUGGUCUCAGCUGUGGUGCUGUCCUUCAUAUCGUAACCUGCCGGUUCGUGGACGUCCAACAUGGGCAGAGGGUGUGGUGCAGAGAAUGGAGGCAAAAGGAAGAAGAAGGACCGGGAUUUGGAUGAGCUGAAGAAAGAGGUGGCAUUGGAUGACCACAAAAUAUCAGUCAAUGAUCUUGGGAAGCGUUAUGGACUGGACCCUGUACAGGGCCUCACCAACGCCAAAGCCGCAGAAGUUCUGGCCCGGGACGGACCCAACGCACUGACGCCUCCCCCCACCACACCCGAGUGGGUCAAGUUCUGCCGCCAGCUGUUUGGUGGCUUCUCCAUCCUGCUGUGGAUCGGUGCCAUCCUCUGCUUCCUGGCAUACAGCAUCCAGGUGGCCACCGAGGACGAGCCGCCCAAUGACAAUCUUUACCUGGGUGUGGUCCUGGCCGCCGUUGUCAUCAUCACCGGAUGUUUCUCCUACUUCCAAGAGGCCAAGAGCUCUCGCAUCAUGGACUCCUUCAAGAAGAUGGUACCCCAGCAAGCCAUGGUCAUCCGCGAGGGGGAGAAGAUGCAAAUUAACGCCGAGCAGGUGGUGCAGGGGGAUCUGGUGGAGAUCAAAGGUGGAGAUCGUAUUCCUGCUGACCUGAGAAUCAUCUCCUCCAGUGGAUGUAAGGUGGACAACUCGUCUCUGACCGGAGAAUCGGAGCCUCAGACUCGCUCUCCAGAGUUCACGCACGACAAUCCCCUGGAGACGCGAAACAUCUGUUUCUUUUCCACCAACUGUGUUGAAGGCACGGCUCGCGGCAUCGUCAUCGCCACGGGGGAUCGAACGGUGAUGGGCCGCAUCGCCACGCUGGCGUCAGAGCUGGAGGUCCGCCGCACGCCCAUCAACAUCGAGAUCGAACACUUCAUCCACCUCAUUACGGGCGUGGCCGUGUUCCUGGGCGUCAGCUUCUUCAUCCUGUCACUCAUCCUGGGCUACACCUGGCUGGAGGCCGUCAUCUUCCUCAUUGGCAUCAUCGUUGCCAACGUGCCUGAAGGUCUUCUGGCCACCGUCACUGUGUGUUUGACACUGACGGCCAAGCGAAUGGCCAAGAAGAACUGCCUGGUGAAGAACCUGGAGGCCGUGGAGACGCUGGGCUCCACCUCCACCAUUUGCUCAGACAAAACGGGCACGCUGACCCAGAACCGCAUGACUGUGGCCCACAUGUGGUUCGACAACCAGAUCCACGAGGCUGACACCACCGAGGACCAGAGCGGUUCGGGUUUUGACAAGAGUUCUGCGACUUGGGCGGCAUUGUCCCGCGUGGCCGGCUUGUGCAACAGAGCCGAUUUCAGAGCUGGACAGGACCAAGUCGCCAUAUUAAAGAGGGAGACGGCUGGCGACGCAUCCGAGUCGGCGUUGCUGAAAUGCAUCGAGCUGUGUUGUGGGAGCGUUCGAGACCUGAGAGCCAAGAACUCCAAAGUGGCAGAAAUCCCUUUCAACUCCACCAACAAGUACCAGCUCUCCGUCCAUGAGGCAGAGGACAAUCCUUCCGGUCAUAUUCUGGUCAUGAAGGGAGCGCCAGAGAGAAUCCUGGACAGGUGCAGUACCAUCAUGAUCCAUGGCCAGGAGCAGACACUGGACGACAACUGGAAGGACGCCUUCCAGAGCGCCUACAUGGAGCUGGGAGGACUGGGAGAGCGAGUGCUGGGCUUCUGCCACUUGAAUCUGCCUUCAUCCCAGUUCCCUCGAGGAUUCUCCUUCGACUGCGACGACACUAACUUCCCCACCGAGCAGCUCUGCUUCCUGGGCCUCAUCUCCAUGAUUGAUCCACCGCGUGCCGCUGUGCCCGAUGCCGUGGGUAAAUGCCGCUCGGCUGGCAUCAAGGUGAUCAUGGUGACAGGCGACCACCCAAUCACGGCCAAGGCCAUUGCUAAGGGAGUGGGCAUCAUCUCAGAGGGCAAUGAGACGGUGGAGGACAUCGCUGAAAGACUCAACAUCCCUCUCAGCCAAGUUAAUCCCAGGGACGCCAAGGCUUGCGUGGUUCACGGCUCUGACCUCAAGCACAUGAGCUCCGAGUACCUAGAUGACCUGCUGAAGAACCACACAGAGAUCGUGUUUGCUCGCACGUCACCUCAGCAGAAGCUCAUCAUCGUGGAAGGCUGCCAGAGACAGGGGGCCAUUGUGGCCGUGACGGGCGAUGGCGUGAACGAUUCACCGGCUCUGAAGAAGGCCGACAUCGGCGUCGCCAUGGGGAUCGCCGGUUCUGACGUGUCCAAGCAGGCAGCGGACAUGAUCCUGCUGGAUGACAACUUUGCCUCCAUCGUCACGGGCGUGGAGGAGGGUCGUCUCAUUUUUGACAAUCUGAAGAAGUCCAUCGCCUACACGCUGACCAGCAACAUCCCAGAGAUAUCACCUUUCCUCCUCUUCAUCAUUGCCAGUGUUCCCCUCCCUCUGGGAACCGUCACCAUCCUUUGUAUUGAUCUGGGAACUGACAUGGUUCCUGCUAUCUCACUGGCCUAUGAGACAGCGGAGAGCGACAUCAUGAAACGACAACCCAGGAACCCCAAAACGGACAAGCUGGUCAAUGAACGACUCAUCAGCAUGGCCUAUGGACAGAUAGGUAUGAUCCAGGCCCUGGGCGGUUUCUUCACCUACUUUGUCAUUCUGGCUGAGAACGGCUUCCUGCCAGGAUCGCUGAUCGGCAUCCGCAUCAGUUGGGACGACCGCAUGGUGAACGACGUGGAGGACCAUUAUGGGCAGCAGUGGACGUACGAGCAGAGGAAGAUUGUGGAGUUCACGUGUCACACGUCCUUCUUCGUCAGCAUCGUGGUGGUGCAGUGGGCCGAUCUCAUCAUCUGCAAGACUAGGAGGAACUCACUCUUCCAGCAGGGCAUGAAGAACCGCAUCCUGAUCUUUGGCCUGUUCAUUGAGACCGCCCUGGCUGCCUUCCUCUCCUACUGCCCUGGAAUGGACAUCGCCCUGCGCAUGUACCCACUUAAGAUCUUGUGGUGGUUCUGCGCCUUCCCGUACAGUCUCCUCAUCUUCAUUUAUGAUGAAGUUCGUAAAUUAAUUCUGCGGAGGAACCCCGGAGGCUGGGUGGAGCAGGAGACAUAUUAUUAACAUUCACAGGACAUCAGCAGCAAUCCAAAGAGUGUGUCUGCGUGUGUGCUUGUUUUUCUGUCUGCUGCAAUACCGCAUGGAUCAGGUUGACAAACGUGAUUAGCCUCAAAUGAUCAAAUGCUAAUAAUCACUGCUGAAAAUGGUCUUUUGAUUAUGUUUUUAGAAUUGUCUUUUGUUUGGUCAUGCAAAUCUCUUGGAUACACUCUGAUGUAUCAUCAUAGCCCGUUUGGCUAUUGACGGUUGAAAAAGUA